UAAACAGUUUCUGCAUUACAACUACAACAUUUAAUUUAUAUAAAAUCUUAUUAAAUUUGCAGGAUACAUAUAAAAUAAGUUAGAGAAAUCGUACCACACUUACUUAAAACACAUGAUAACCUAUAAAUAAAACAAUUAUGUGCACAGAGAGAUAUCUAAAGUAACAUUAAAGACAUUAAAAGUUUGAUUUAUAUAAUCAGAUCUAAAUAAGUACCAUUCUGAUGUACGUAAACCUUUACUUUUAUUAUAAGCGGUAACACUAUCCAAAUGCCCAAAUGUUCAUUGAAAAACCGACUACUGCAACUACGGCUGAGCACUUGUGUAACAACAGUACUAUGUUUAGUGGCAAUUAUAAAUUUCUUUUCAUUCUACGGAAAAUACAAUUACUCUCAUAUAAAUCCACAAGACAUACCCAAUCAAUUGUAUAAAGAAAUAGCUUCAAACAUAGUUUUGAAAAAGUCGAAACCAGACUGUGAGUUUGAGAAUAUUUUGAAAAGUACAAAAACUACAGACAGCUGGGAUGCGCCGAAGAAGAAUGAAAACUUCAAAGCCAACAAUAUUGUUAACGGUAGCUAUGUUCCUGAAGAAUGCAACCCAAUGUUCAGUGUGGCCGUGAUAGUUACAUACAGGAACAGACAAAAACACCUGGAUGUCUUUCUACCAUACAUGCACAACUUUUUGAGGAAGCAACAAUUGCAUUAUAAAAUAUACUUAAUUGAACAAGAAGAUAAAAAACCAUGGAACAAAGGCUUGCUUUACAAUAUCGGUGCCAAAAGGGCCAUAGCCGAAAAAUUCCCCUGCCUCAUAUUGCACGAUGUGGAUCUUCUACCAUUAGAUGAAAGCAAUCUCUAUGCCUGCCUGAACAACCCGCGACACAUGAGCGCCAGCAUAGACAAGUUCAGAUACGUCCUGACUUACGAUUAUCUAGUCGGUGGAGUGUUGGCGAUAACGGCGGACCAGUUCGUGAAGGUUAAUGGGUUUUCUAACAGAUUCGAAGGAUGGGGCGGAGAAGAUGAUGACUUUUACGAAAGACUGUCUGCGCACGGAUUCAACGUUGUGAGGUUCCCACCUCGCAUGUCGCGAUAUACCAUGUUGGUUCACCCUCAGGAGCCAAAGAACUCGAGAAGACAUCAAAUUAUGGCCGAAAAUCUCCAUACGAAAAGUCACGACGGCUACGACUCCGUGCACUACCAGACUGUAGACGAAAGACAACAGAAACUGUUCACCCAACUGCGAGUCAAGUUAUGAUAAUAGUUUUACAUAAUCGUAAAUAGAUAAAUAAGUUAAUGCGCGCACGAAGUGGCGGGAAUACAUUCAACUUUAAAAUAAAUAUGUAACGGGGUUCGUGGUGAUGCGUAACGCGAAAUCCUUAAAAGGGGCGCAAAUCAAUAAUUACUUUUUUUUCCUACCUAUGCUGAUAGCCUUGAGACGCUAUUUCAGCUUCGCCUUGUGCAAAAUGCACAAAUGUGGUAAAAUGA